GCGGCGGGCGGGGGAGGCGCUGCGGGCUGUGUGCGCGUCGGCGGCCGCCGCGCUCGGUCCGCGCCGGGACGCGCUCGGUGCGGCCGCGGUUUCUGUGCAAUCCCCUGCUUCCCGUGCCCAAAUCCCUUCCUCUGGAGCAUCACCAGCGUGUGGAGCCUGCCCCACACACCCCUCCCCUGCCAAACCACGGCCUUUACCUGCGUGUUCCGGUGCUUCCCGUGCGACCCGUCCUGCGGGAGCGCCUCCUGGGCCACCCCCGACUUCAGCCAGCGCUCCGUGGCUCCAAUGGUGAAGAUGACAAGGUCCAAGACUUUCCAGGCAUAUCUGCCUUCCUGCCACAGGACCUACAGCUGCAUCCACUGCAGGGCCCACCUGGCCAACCACGAUGAGCUCAUCUCCAAGUCCUUCCAGGGCAGCCAAGGACGAGCUUACCUCUUCAACUCCGUAGUGAACGUGGGCUGUGGCCCUGCAGAGGAGCGGGUGUUGCUAACAGGACUGCACGCCGUGGCAGAUAUUUACUGUGAAAACUGCAAAACCACGCUGGGCUGGAAAUAUGAACACGCUUUUGAAAGCAGCCAGAAGUAUAAAGAAGGCAAAUACAUCAUUGAACUAGCUCACAUGAUCAAGGAUAAUGGCUGGGAUUGAGUGCAGAGCGCGGCCCAGCAGCGCGUCCGAGAUGCCAUCCAACCGAACAUUGUACCCGAGAGUGAGAGAGUGACUGAACGCUUGGUUCCAUGCAUUUAGAGGCUCUGCAAUCCGGGAGCAUCUUCACACCCUUCUCCAUCUUUAUUGGUGACUGGCCUCUAAAUUUCUGUCUCUCUGUCUCUUUGCUUUGUAUCUGUUUGUGAGUUGACCCCGGCUGCUUCUCUCUCUGUUCUGGCGUUGGCUCAGAGAAUGCACCGAAUGCCCGACAGCCAUUCCACGUGCCCAGUGCUCGACCCAGCCUGACCUGGGCUCUCCUGGCACCUCCCAGGUGGGGGAGGAACACCCCGAGGUUGGGCAGGAGAAGGUGGGACAGGGGUGGGGGAGUGGGGACCGCAGGGGAACCAUCAGAGGGUGAUGCUGUGCUUCUCCUUUCAGUCCUGGGUAAGCAAGGCUUGAAACCAUCUCCUUGUCUAAAUGGACAGAGAAAUACCUACUUGUGUAAAUGGAUAGAGAAAUAUCCACUUGUCUAAAUGGAUAGAGAAAUAUCCACUUGUCUGAAAAGGACAGAGGAACAUCUCCCUGUCUGAAAGGACAGAAAUGACCUCACGGCUGCGUUUUCUCCCCGAAUCCAUCGGUGGAGCCUCAGCCCGAGCUGGCUGAGCCCGAGGCAGAACCAGUUCCCCCCACAAUCUGUGUUUUCUUUAUGCUGUUUAUGAACUCCUUGUUGGAGGGGGCAGGGCUGGAGGCUGGAGAGAUUCCCUGCCUCUCCUUUUCCUCGCUGGUUCAGGGUAGGGAGGCUGAAGGUCCCAGCUGAGCACGGCCCUGGGCAGCGUCCCCACGGCUGGAGAAACCAAAUCCUGACUGUGAGCCCUUCAGAGAGGAGGAGAAAACCACUUGAGGCACGAGGAGGCUGGAGCUGCAGCCUAGAAAGCGUGGUGGGGUGAAAAAAGGCACGUGUGAGGCAAGGAGGGGGAAAUUCCAUGGAGGAGGAUGGGGACAAACAGUGACAGAGGGCACCCCUGGAUUUCCUGGCCUCCCCUGAGCACCCUUGGCGGUGUUGUACCAAUCUUUCACGAGUGCAAGGAGGAAAAUGCUGUUACAGAACCUUUUCCUUGAAUGGCAGGCUCCACUGGGGAGCCUGGCACAGAAAUGGGACGAGGAGGGAGCUGAGUUGCUGGCAGUUGUGUUGCACAGGUGGAUAUUUCAUCCCUGAGGUAUCCUCCCCAACUGCCCCCCCUUUUCCCACUCCCAGCAGCCCAUUGCAGGCACGGGGAGAAUGGGAAAGAAAAAAGAAAUCAAACAUCUCCCCACCAGCCCUGGAGUGGUCUCUGCCUUGAGGGGUGGAUGUGGGUGUCAGAGCUGCAGGGACAACAAGUCCUUCCCAUUUGCAUUAGUCCCUGGUGAUCCCUGAGGGGGAUGGUGGGGAAGGGGUGUCCUGUGUGCCAGGGGAGCUCUGUCAGGCCAGGAGGAAAUGAGAAGUUUGCUCUGCAGCAGUCCAGCCAGUAUCUGGUGCAUCACCCAGGACUCUGGAGCUCAGUUCGUUUUGUCUCUCCCCGAGUGAAUUUUUCUUUUUGUUGGCAGAAUUCUUUCAAGUAGGUUAAUCCAUGGGGGGAAUCUUCCUUAAUCCAGAGGGAAGGAGUGUUGAGCAGGGGCUGGUGGCUCCGUAUGGAACAGAAGCUUUGGAGCUGUAAUCUGUAGUCACUGCCCCCCACCCCUGAGAGAUUCCAGGGGGCUGUGGAGGAGUCAUUUGAUGUUGGCAGGGAAUGGGAACAGAGACUCUCCUGAAGGAUCAGGGUGGAAUUUAGGGCUGGAUCCUUGUGCUGAAAGGCAAACCUGAUGAAGCAAAGGUUGUUUUUUUUCUCUCUCAAAGCUCUGUCCUUGACAGCCUUGGACAAAUGAGGUGGAGUUGGCCGGGCUCCUGCAGGGGAUGGAGUUUGUGACCAACCUGUCCAGAGGUGGCUUCUGCCCUCACCCUCCUGCUCUGGCUGUGUAACAAUUGCUUCAGCUUUUGUUUUGGAUUGUCUCUGCUUCUGCCAGCCACAUUCCCUCAGUGACAAAUCCAGUCAAAAUCAAAAAUCCCACAGCACCUGCUGUCUUGUGGACUCUGGCACUGCCCUGGUGCCAUUUCCCUGUCCUUUCAUUGAGGAUCCAUGGCAAUCUAUUGGGUUUUGACUAGUGGGAAGCAAUUCCUGUUCUUCAAAGAGCUCUUUAUUCUCCACAGAGCCUUUAAAGGAGCUGGGAGAGGUAAGGGAUCAUCCCAAAUCCUGUGAGGCUGAGAAGAGCACACAGGGCUCGUGGUUUGAUGUUGGUAUUUGGAGUGACUGCUGAUCAUAAAGCAAAAGAAAAGGCAGGGCUGUGCAGAGAACUGCUCUGAGAAAUGCCAGCUCCAGAGAGCUGCCAGGUGGAAAUGGUUUUAUCCAUUCAUUUGGGACAAAAAAGGACAAUGUCCCACCAGACCUGGCUGGUUUUUACUGGUCACAGGUGUUGGGCUUUUAAUGGCAACCAGUCCAAGCUUGAAUAGGGCAAGGUCUUAAUCUGCUUUUAAUUGGUUUUGUCCUGUCAGUGUCGUGCUCAGAGCCUGGCCCUGAGCCCUGGUGGAGCCCAGUGUGUGUGGCUGUGCCUGUCCCCAGCACCCAGAGACCUCCCUGGGGAGUGGCUGUGAUGUCUGAGAGGAGAAAUGGGCUUGUGCAGCUCCUGUGGGUGUCCAGUGAGCAGGAGGAGCUUUAGCUGGCUGCUGACUCCCCUGGGAGCUGGGGGCUGGCAGGAAUUUGGGCUCUGUGCUGGUGACACAGAGUGACACACUCAGAGAUAACCAAAGAACUUCCCUGCUGAGCUGAGCCAGGUGGGGCCUUUUCCCAGGAGAAGGGGAGAUGUGGCCCAUGGGAGCUGCUUCCUGAGCAGGAGGUGCUGCUUUCCAUGGGCAGCAGCCUCAGGAAAACACGGGCAGCACUGAGGUUUCCUCCUUUUUUUGGUGUCCAGCCUCGUGUCUGGGCAGCUGUGAGCACCCUUGAGUUUACAUCCCCCCUCUACCCCAAAGCUCAGACUUGAGUACGUUUUAAAUUGUUUUUUGCUCUGGUGGAUUGUCUGGUGUGAAAUCCUGACCCCUGUAAGAAAUAUUCAGAUGAUAAUAUAUACAAAGCAGAAAAAAUAACCCCCAGACGUUACUUUGUGAAAUAUACUUUUGUAAAUAAUAUUUAAUUUUUUUAAAGAAAUAAUAUAUUUGGUGCUGUUUUCUCAGAGCCCCUCCCUGAGAGCACUUUUUUGUUGUUGUUGUUGUUGUUUAUGAUGAUCCUGUUUCCUUCUGUAUUUGUUGGAAAAUAUGUUUAAAGGGAAACAAAAAUCACAAUUUACGUUGUCCUCUGCAGUGGGUCCGUGUUUCCUGUGGAUGUGGCAGGGGAGGGCACUCCCAGCUGGCAGAUUUGGUGGCUGGGCUGGGGACAGGGGAGAUAUUUGGGCUGGGAGGGGCUGCAGGCACUCAGGAGGGCUCCAGUUCCCCUCUGGCUUUCCCUGGAGCCCAGAUCCCCUUUGCUCCCAGCAGGAAUCCCCCAGAGCCCAGUGGGGCUCCCCCUUUCCCUGGUUUGUGGAGUCCAGGCCUGGAAUUUCCCCUUGCACCAGUGCUGGCUGGAGGGAGCAGCUCUGGGGCUGCACAGGAGCUGCACAGGAGCUGCAGCCCCAGGUUGGCUGUUGCUGGGGCAGCAGGGAUGGAGGAUGGAGCUUUGAACCCAAUGCUGAUUUUAACCUAAACCACAAAUCUUUGGAUCCUGGUUUUAUUUUUGAGGGGAGAUUUUGUUGUUGUUGUUUUGUUUUGUUUUUAACCAGGCUGCUACGUAACAAAUUAGAGUAAAAGUUUACCUCUCUUGGCAGUAAAGUUCAUUUAUUUUGUUCUCCUUUCUGUCUUUAAUCUCCCCCCUUCUCACCCUCCUUUGUUUUUAUUUCACUUGGUCUCUUGUUUAUCCCAAAGUGGACCAACAGCACAAACCACUGGACUGUGUUUUGCUGAGCAAGGAGCUGCUCAAGAACUGUUGCAGGUUCUUUAAUUCUCUGGGUUUGGUGCACACGACUUCAAACCCCCCAGGAACAAAACCAACCCUGCCAGAUAAACCCCGUUGUUCUCGUGCUGAUCAAGUGAGAAUUCUCUCUCUGUGUGCAUUUUUCUGGCUGCUCUGUGAGAGUGUGUGAAUCAUGCAUUUCACUGCACUUCCCUGCUUUGGGAGGAGCUUCCAGGUGAAGCAGUUUUGGGAUGAAGAGGGGACACCAAACACCAAGCUCAGCUCAGUGGGAAGGAGCUCUUCCCACCACGGGAGAGGCCUCAGUGCUCAGAAACAAUCAGGUUAGACAGAGAUUUUCUGCAGAAAUCCUGGUGAAGAAGAACAAGCAGAAGAGGGGAAACAAAAUCAUCUUGAAUUCAGAAAAAAAAAAAUCAAAAAUCAACAAAUUUAAAUGCAGGCAGAAUGGCAUUGUGUAAGGUACAACCACAGAUAAGCUGUUCUCAUCGUUACAACUGUGUGUAUCCUUUGUUUUGUUCUUCCUAAGGAAAUGGGAAUGCUUUCCCCACUGACAAAACUAAGGACAAUAUUUCCAAUACCAGCCUGUCUAUGGAUGCUCUUGUGUUUACAAAUUGUGUAUAUUUUUAUUUCUUUGAUCUUAUUUUAAAUUUUUUUUUGGCAUAUUCUUUCAGGUCAUUUGCUUCAGUCAUAAAUGCAAUUGUUUGUUUUCAAAUAAUUGGUUUUCACCUUUUCAUGUGUUUGUACAUUGUAUAUAGUUCUUCAGUAUUAGAGGGAGGCGUAUUGUUUGUCAUAUUUACAAUAUGUGUUGGUGCUCAUUUGAGAAAAUAAAAUUUUCAAGUACUAAA